AAAAAGAAGAGAAGUAUAGUUCAAUUCAAUUAUUAGGACUUUAAAAAAAAAUUAAGGAAACAAACACACAAUUUCCAGACCACUGGUUUAGCUGAUGGAGUCUCCGACACUCAGACAAGACAAGUUGGCACCAUUCUUAGCAGGGGCAAAGCGUGCAACAAUUGCUGGACUGAUGCGGAUCGUGGCAGCUGCAGGGAUGACUCGCUGGAUCUGGGGAAAUGCUGGGAAUGCCAGUAAAUCGGACAUAAGUGGGCCGCACAGAGGGAGGCUGAUGCUGCUGCUGUGGAUUAUCCUCUCCAGCUCGCUGUGCCUGAUGGUCGAGGGACAGAUGAAGCUCUCACCAGAAACGGUGCAGCAGUGGGCUGUGUCCUUUGGCAAAGAGCUAACUGCCCUGUCUGCCAGAUACACUGGAGCUAAAUUGCUACAGAAGAAAUACAAGGAUAUCGAGGCAGUUGUGAAGAUCGAGGAGGUGGACGGAGAGGAGCUCGUAAAGAAGUUCGCUGAAGAGAUGGAGGAGAUGCUUGGGAGGAAGAUGAAAUCUGUGAAGAGGUUGGCAGAAGCAGCAGAGGAUGCUGACCUUUACCACGAGUACAAUGAAACACUAAAGUUUGAAUACUUUAACUCCAUGCUGAUCAACAAGGAGGAUGAGGAUGGGAAUCCGGUGUCGCUGGGAGGAGAAUUCGCUCUGGAGAAGAAUGAACACUUCAAUAAACUGCCAGUCAACACACAACUGAGUAACAUACAAGUCCCUACUAAUGUUUACAACAGAGAUCCAGAUAUUCUGAAUGGAGCCUAUUUGUCUGAAGCUCUGAAUGACGUGUUCAUUGAUAACUUCCAGAAAGAUCCAACUCUGACCUGGCAGUACUUUGGCAGUGCUGCAGGCUUCUUCAGGUUGUACCCAGGGAUCCAGUGGAUUCCAGAUGAAAAUGGUGUUGUCACCUUUGAUUGCAGAAACAGAAACUGGUAUAUCCAGGCAGCCACUUCUCCUAAAGAUGUGGUAAUUGUGGUGGAUGUCAGUGGCAGCAUGAAGGGACUCAGAUUGACCAUAGCCAAACACACCAUCAAUACAAUCCUUGACACACUGGGAGAAAAUGAUUUUGUUAACAUCAUAGCUUAUAGUGAUUAUGUUCGCUACGUGGAGCCCUGCUUCAAAGGAACACUAGUACAAGCUGAUCUGGAUAACAGAGAGCAUUUCAAGCUAUUGGUUGAUGGGCUACAUGUCAAAGGCGAGGGCAAAGUGAAAAAUGCAAUGAAGGAGUCAUUCAAGAUCCUCAAUGAGGCUGCAGCACUGGGCCAGGGCAGCCUGUGUAACCAGGCCAUCAUGCUGAUAACAGACGGAGCCAUGGAGGACUUCCAGAGUGUUUUUGAAGAGUUCAACUGGCCAGAACGGCGGGUUCGUGUUUUCACCUAUCUGAUUGGACGGGAGAUGACAUUUGCUGAAAAUGUUAAAUGGAUUGCCUGCAACAAUAAGGGUUACUACACACACGUCUCCACACUGGCUGACGUCCAGGAAAACGUUAUGGAGUACCUCCAUGUUCUCAGCCGACCAAUGGUUAUCAACCACGAUCACGACAUCAUCUGGACUGAGGCCUACAUGGACAGUGUGUUACCAACUACAAAAGAGCUGUUCAACACUCAGGCCCAAAGCCUCCUCUUCAUGACCUCUGUGGCCAUGCCUGUGUUCAGCAAGAAAAAAGAGACUUUGUCACAUGGGAUUCUGCUGGGAGUGGUAGGAACUGAUGUGGCCUUGAAAGAAUUGAUGAGAUUAGCUCCAAGAUACAAGCUGGGUGUCCAUGGUUACGCUUACCUCAUCACCAACAACGGCUACAUCUUAUCUCACCCUGACCUGCGACCUCUGUAUAAAGAGGGGAAGAUGCUAAAGCCAAAACCCAACUAUAACAGUGUUGAUCUGGCAGAGGUGGAAUGGGAAGACACCGAGGAGAAACUGAGGACCGCCAUGGUUAAAGGAGAAACCGGGACGUUGGCGUUAGACGUGAGAGCGUCUUUAGAUAAAGGAAGGAGAGUGAUGUUCCUGAAGAAUGAUUAUUUCUACACCGUCAUCAACGAGACACCAUUCAGUCUGGGUAUAGUGCUGACUAGAGGAUAUGGACAGUAUAUCUUCAUUGGAAACGUCUCUGUUGAGGAGGGUCUCCAUGACUUACUGGCUCCAGACCUGACCAUAGCUAGUGAAUGGACGUACUGUGAGACAGACAUUGACCCCGCCCAUCGUAAGCUGACCCAGUUGCAGGCUGUGGUGCGAUACCUCACUGGCAAAGAACCAGAUCUGGAGUGUGAUGUGCAGCUGUUGCAACAAACUUUAUUUGAUGCUGUGGUCACAGCUCCUAUGGAAGCCUACUGGACCGCGCUCAUGCUCAACACAUCUGGUAUGGAUGAGGGCGUAGAAACUGCAUUCUUGGGGACCCGUUCUGGCCUGAUCAGGUUCCAGAGAUACGCUGGUAUUGAGAAAAGAGUUGCCAAGUCUUUCCUGAACUCCGUAGACAAGGAGAAUAUGUUCACAUUGGACCAUUUCCCAGUGUGGUACCGCAGAGCGUCCGAGUACCCAGCUGGACAGUUUCUCUACUACACGCCCAGACAGGAGACUCGAGCGGGAAGGAUAUUCAUCGCCACCACGGCUAUCACCGUAACGGUGGGAAAGAGAACUGCCAUCGCAGGAGCCAUUGGUGUCCAGAUGACUCUGGAUCUGAUUGAGUCUAAAUUCUGGGCUAUUGCAUCACAGCCAAAUGACACAGAUUGCUCUGAUACGGACGGGGUGUGUCCUCUUCAGUGUGACCGCUUUGAUAUUGCAUGCUACGUCAUUGAUAAUAAUGGCUUCAUCAUAAUUUCCAAACAGCGUAAAGAUGCGGGAAGAUUUUUUGGUGAGGUUGACGGAUCAGUGAUGACAACACUUAUCAGAAUGGGCAUGUUCAAAAGGGUGUCCUUGUUCGACUACCAGGCCAUGUGCAAGAUGAACCUGCACUCUGUCAGCAGCGCCCGUCCACUUCUCAGUCCGUUCUAUGGUUUGGCUUCGGUCCUCAAGUGGUUCCUCUCCAACUUCCUAAUGUUUCUCCUGGAGUUUAAUAUCUGUGGCUUCUGGCACAUGGAGCAUUUCGCUGAUGCCAAGCCAUCUUUCAGCGUGUCCUCAGCUCAUAAGAAAAGAGGGGACAACCUGCAGCCAUGUGACACCGAGUACCCCAGCUUCGUCUACGAGCCGUCAGUCAAAGAGACCAACAGCAUUAUUAAGUGUGGACGCUGCCAAAAGAUGUUUGUGGUGCAACAGAUACCAGAUAGCAACCUGUUGAUGUUGGUGGUGCAGGCGGACUGUGACUGCUCCAGACAGUACACACCCAUCACCAUGGCACCCGAGGAAGUCAAAUAUAAUGCUUCAGUGAAGUGUGACAGGAUGAGGUCCCAGAAGAUUCGCCGACGCCCCGAGUCCUGCCACGCCUACCACCCCCAGGAGAACGCCAAUGACUGUGGAGGAGCUUCUGUUAUAUCUCUCUCUGCCGCUCUCUUCCUCACCUGCCUCUCCUUCUUGACACUUGUCUCCUGAUGAUGGACAACUUUGAUAUUUUAGCCAUUUGCAUAUAAAGAAGGAGGUUGAAAUGAAUCAAGAGAUGUGUUUGGACGAUGGACACCUCAAGUGGAUUGUUUUUUAACUAAUGUUGCAGAUUUUUUCUCAUUUGCUCAUGGCAAGUCUCCAAGGAUGGACCUAUAAUGUCGUUUUUGAACUCCUGGCAAUUAUUACAUUUGAACAAAAAACUGCAAAGAAGGCACGUUAUGGGCUGUUGUUGCCAUGGAUACUUUUCUAUGAGUUGCUUUCUCACACACCACUUUGCAUCUCAAAAUGAAAAGGGACUAAAGAGAUGCAGGUGGUUGCUAUGACGUGCAUUGAUAAAAAAAAUGGGUUAUGAGUCAUAAGAUGCAUAAAAAUGUCCAGGGGGGAAAAUGUGUUUAUCCCAAAUCCCACAGAACUUAAAAUUGCAAACACACAUGCAUAUUAUAUAUGCAGCUGCAAGCAUGCAAUACUUUGUCACCCUGAGUGCUUCAUUACAGUCUAUCAUAUAUGUUUUUUUAAACAUUGAAUGAGAGAAGGGCUGCAGUGAUAUAUGGUUAACAUUGUUGUGUAACAUCAGUUUUGCUGCUUAAAGUCGUGUUUUCCAAGGCUGUUUGCAAUAUUUGUUUCUAUGAAUCUUCUGCAAAUCUCAAAGGGUGAUGAUGCCUCGGUGGCAAGAAAGCACUGGCAGUGGAGUUGAUAAAAAUGUAAUAAAGAUAAUCAUAAAAUCAGAAUAAAUCUUAUAUUUAAGUUUUUACUUGGAUUGCAUCCCAAGAAUAUUUGUUUUGUGUCAUAUCUUUUUUUGUUUUUUAAGUCUGCCUUUUUUCUUUAUCAGCUGUGUCUUUCCGUGUGUUUGUACAUACUGUAUGUAAUAAUGCUUGGCUGGACAUCACUGUGGAAACUGGGACUCACAGGAUUUAGAUCUACAAUACAAUUGGAUAACACAAUGAUGGAUUUGAACUGUUUUGAUAAGUUAUUUUCUUGUUGAUUUAAAAAAUGGAAUUACAUGUUUUAAAAUGAAAAAAAUCUAGUACAAAAUAAUACCCCACAAAAGAUCCAGUACCAAAACGUUUUUUUGGACUGAAUUUUCUAGACUGUGAUUACUUGGGUGCCAGGGUUAUGUAACUGCUAUUUAUUACUUGGCAUAAAUAACUGAUUUUAUAAAUUCAUGAUGAAAAAAAAGGAAAGCUCUGACAAACAAGAUUGUCAUUUGGAAAAGAAAAUGGAAAAUGUCCCAUAAUUGCCAUGACAGUGUAAAUCGAAUUGAAUAUUUGCUUGUGUUUCAUAUUUUUAACUUCAGCAUUUCAUUGUAUUUUGGGCUGUGAGCGUCCCUGUAGCUUUUUUUAAUAGUAUUUCUAAAUCAUCCUACAAAGCAUGUCUUUACGUUGACCUUACUAUGAUGACAAAAUUGUCUGAGCAUUUGCCUGUUUAUGUCAUAGACUCAGAUACAUAUUGUUUGUGAGUGUGCAUCAUUACAGUAUGUACGUAUGUUGUGUCUUGCUGAGAUUAUCUGAAUAAUUCUAUUCAUGUGUCUCAUUUUUGUAUGUAAUUUUUCCGUACAAUAUUCUGUAUAUUGUAUGGUUGACAUGUGACCAAGUUGUAUGUUGACUGACUGAAAUCAUGAUUUGACUAAA